CCCCGGGUGAUUGAUGCGUCUUGGAGCGGGGUGUGGCUACCCAGGGAGGUGUCGCCGGCUCACAGCGCCGCCGCUUACCUCUGGCCACUGGGAACAGUGGGAAGCGGCGGCGACUGGAGCGAGCGGGGAAGAAGUUAGUCCGGAGCUGGCAGCUAGAAGAGGCGGCCGGAGGUCUUGGGCGCUGCUUUUCGUAUGAUGGUAAUGAAGGCUGGCCGCAGAGGAAUGAAGUCCCCGCCUCUUCUCAUCGCUGUGCUUCUAGCAUGUGUGUGUGUAUUGGGAGUACAUUACUGGCUAACAAGCACUCGAUGUAUGGAACUACAGAACCGAGUGAUGGAGCUGGAGGGCAGAAUGCGCCGAGCGGCUGCAGAGCGAGGGGCAGUUGAGAUGAAAAAGAAUGAAUUUGAAGACAUGUUGGCUGUACAGAAGAAGCAGAUUGAAAACAUCCAGACUUUGCACAGCUCCCAGUUGCAGAACAUGAACACGCUGUGUUCUAGUGAGAAGGAGAAUUUACUGAACAAUUUAACUGCAAAAGAUGGUUUCGUACAUGAGCUUCAAGUUGAAAUCAGUAGACUUCAUAAACGUUUGGAGGACUCUAAGCUGGAAUUUAAGGAGCUACAAGAUAGCCAGGCCAAGAAAUCUGCUUUUGAGUUGACCCAGUGCAGCAUUAAAAUAACAGAGAUGAAUGAGCAAUGUGAAGAGAAGCUGCGUAGGCUAUCCUCAAAAGACCCAAACACUGUAAAUGUGGAUACAGAGAAGAGCAUAACCAAUUUUGAAAAACUUAAGCCUACACUCUCAAAGCAAGAUAGUAAAUCAGAGUACAGUAAUGUAAAAGAAGGUGGUGUGUUGCCUGGACCACCCAGCCACCCUGAAGCCACUCUGCAACUGGUUGUUCCUCAGGCAGAAAAUGAAGAAAAAUCUAAUAAAUUGGAUGCUUUGACUGAAAAGAAGACCAGCUCUGCACCACAGCAGAACAAACUCCAAGAGCAGGAUGAGGAUGUACUAGAGACACAAAACGAAGUUAACCCUGAAAAUGUGAAUGCAGAGGAGGAAGAUGAUGAACCCAAAGUUGAAGACACUGCAGAUAAAGAUGCUAAUAAGAAAACUGAGAAUGAGGACGUUGAGAGAGAAGACUUCAUAAAUAUGGAAGAAGAAAAAGGUACAAAUCUGAUCAACCAGGGAGAAGUGGAAAAUCAGAAUGAUUACAAUGGGGAUGACGCUAACGAAGCUGAACCAGAGACAGACAAACAAGCUGAACUGAUAGAUAAUGAUCAGAAUUUAAAAGAUGAUACAAUUCCAAAUGAAGCGCUUGCACAGGCAUUGGAGAUUGAACCAGAGGACAUCGAUGAUCCAACAUUAAAAUAACUCUCCUCUUCCCAUAAACUUUUGGCAAACUCUGACUGGCCCUUUGUCAUGUGACUGCUUGGUGGGUUAGAAGGGACACUGUUCAGUGAAGUAGAACACUAAAGAUGAAUUCAGCAAAAACAUGUAAAACUUGAAAAAUUUUAAUUUUCUAUUCAGAUUUCUUUUCAUAAAAAAAAAUUUCUUGAAAAUUUUAUUGCCUUACAACAAAAUGAACAAUCUGAUAUUGAUGAUCAAUAUUUCUUGUUGCCUUAUGGAAUCUUCUCAUUCACAAAAGAUUUAUACAGGCGGUUGGUUACUGUUCUGACAGGUAUCUGGUCCGCUUGAUGUAUGGAUAAUAUGCUGAGGAAUGCUUGGUAACGGUUCUUUCAUGCUUUUAUGAUUUUACAUGUUUAUUUCAUUUCACUUAAUAAUGUGGUGCAACUCCCAGGAACACUGUAUUAGUCUAGUGUAAGUUGGGCUAAUAAAAGCGAAUGUCCCAUUAGUUGUUAGUAUUUCCCCCAUGUUCUCUUAGAAAUGUUAGAGAUUGAAUUCUGUGCUGUUGCAGUCUCUGACUAUGCGCAUUACAGUAGUAUGCAUGGCACAGUAACAUUGCUAAUCUCCGUGUGCACCACAAUGGGGAGUAAGGGGAAAUGAGCAAUGUUACUGGCUGGGAGGUGCCUUCACCCGACUAUUCCGGAGGCAUUUUGCUGCCUUGAUUCAUCUUAUGUAUUAUUAAGAAAUAAGUAGAUACCAAAUAUUUGUACCUCCAUGUAUGGUCACAUGUGCCUUAAGCACUGCCACAUUGUUCUUAGAACCAAAUGUGUAACAGCCAGUACAUCUACUUGUGAAGUAAUACUGUCCAUCACAAAGGCCUCUCACUGCACAUGUCUAGUAUUGGCUAUUACUAUUAGCCACUUAACUGGCGAUUUUUUUUUAUUUUUUUUUUAAACCCUCAAAUUGUCAGGUUUUUUUAGAUUGAAUUAGGUCAAGAACAUAUAUUUAACGCUUAUCCAAAAUGAUUUUAUUUAAAGAAUAAAUAAAUCCCUUUUUAAAGAUUUGUAAAAUAUGUUUUUUUUAAAUAUUGGCACAGAACAUUGGGACCAUCGUGACUUUGAUUUCCCUGCAGUUGCAGCCAUUAGAUAGACACAGGGGUCCUGAGGGAGGUUAACUUACAUUUCCCAGGUGGCUGCUCCUCUGUGCAGCUGCCGGGUGGGGGGACAUAUCAUAUUGAUCGAUCUGCAGUGAUUGGCAGCAUAGCAGAGACUAGGGGAGGGUGCAGAUAUAUUUAUUAUAUAGGUGUUAUAACACAAGAAUUGCACUCCAAUCACUCCUUAUCGCAUGUCUGUUAUCUACAAAUGACACUUAGAAACCAAUACUUAGAAGUACUGACUGCUAUGAAAUAAUCAUUUGUAGAACACAAACAUCAAAAAUAUAAAAAAAACAUUCAACUGUUGGUUUUCAUGUGUUCCUGUGUAUUUACAUUGGCACAGUGCUUGUUCUUGCUGCAUUACAUGAUGAAGACUGUGUGCAGGAUACCUAAAUAUGUCGUGCCUUAAAAUCUGAUACAAGACUGCGUUCCAUAUGCUGUGAAUGUAGCUAAAGUUCAUGAAGCAGGACUUGUUAUGUAAGUGGAUUGUGUUUGUUUUGUGUGUUUUUGUUUUUUUAAAUUAAUGAAAUGUUUAAAAAUUAAAAAUGUCGUGUAAAUUCUACAAAUUUAUCAGGCGUAAUUGUAAUUUUAACUGGGUUGAUACUGUGUUUUUAGCUACAUGGAUUAAAUAGCACAGCAAAUGUUCUUAA